UGCCGGUAGGCGGCUCGCCCAGGCCGGGCACAAAUCGCACACGACCGCUGAGCCUACCCGAGCCUUCACUCUCGCUCCUGAUUGGUUGGGAGUCGAUGCCUUUUCGGGAAAUGUAGUCUUUUAGGGGAAUCCCGCGCCUGUUUCCCAGUCAGCUGCGGCGCAGGGACAGCCUCAGGAAGUACGUCCCAAAUUUCCCUGGGUCCCACAAGCUAUAGCGUGUGGCGUUGCAUGACGGGAAUUGUAGUCUUCGGAUUGUCAACUUCGGCUGUCAUCAGCUACCAUUGGAACGGCAAUUCCCACCAUGCAGCGCGCUCACAGUUCGCAGCAGUUGUCCCGCGGCCUUUUGGGAAAUGUAGUCUUAAGCCCUACUAGUUCCUUCUUCACUCUAUAGACUGGGCCUCCGCAGAGGACUCCAUUUCCCGGCGUGCUCCAACACACCGACGGCGCCAGGUCGCGGCAGCCAUUUUGUUCCGCCAGAAGCGCCCCUGAGAUGGCGGUGGGGGAGACGGUGAAGGUUGCCGCCCGCCCGGCCGGGCUCUGAUCCGCCGUCUCUCCCCGCCUCCCGGCGGCCGGCCCAUGGCCUGGCGGAGGCCCGGACCAUGGACCUCCGCACCGCCGUGUACAAUGCGGCCCGCGACGGCAAGCUGCAGCUGCUGCAGAAGCUGCUGAGCGGCCGGAGCCGGGAGGAGCUGGACGAGCUGACCGGCGAGGUGGCGGGCGGGGGGACGCCGCUGCUCAUCGCCGCCCGCUACGGCCACCUGGACGUGGUGGAGUACCUGGUGGACCGGUGCGGCGCGAGCGUGGAGGCCGGCGGCUCGGUGCACUUCGACGGCGAGACCAUCGAGGGCGCGCCGCCGCUGUGGGCCGCCUCCGCCGCCGGCCACCUGGACGUGGUGCGGAGCCUGCUGCGGCGCGGGGCCUCGGUGAACCGCACCACGCGCACCAACUCCACGCCCCUGCGCGCCGCCUGCUUCGACGGCCACCUCGAGGUGGUGCGCUACCUGGUGGGCGAGCACCAGGCCGACCUGGAGGUGGCCAACCGGCACGGGCACACCUGCCUCAUGAUUUCCUGCUACAAGGGCCACCGCGAGAUCGCCCGCUACCUGCUGGAGCAGGGCGCCCAGGUGAACCGGCGCAGCGCCAAGGGCAACACCGCCCUGCACGACUGCGCCGAGUCCGGCAGCCUGGAGAUCCUGCAGCUGCUGCUGGGCUGCAACGCCCGCAUGGAACGCGACGGCUACGGCAUGACGCCGCUGCUGGCGGCCAGCGUGACGGGCCACACCAACAUCGUGGAGUACCUCAUCCAGGAGCAGCCAGGCCAGGAGCAGGCCGCCGGGGCAGAAGGUCCCUCCGCCAGCCAGGGGUGUGUGCAGCCCCAGGGGGCUCGAAGCUGCAGCUCCUCCCCGGAGGAACCGCCGGACAGUGAAUCUUACGAAAGCUGCUGCCCCACCAGCCGAGAAGCUGCCGUGGAAGCCUUGGAGUUGCUGGGAGCCACAUACGUGGAUAAGAAGCGAGACCUGCUGGGGGCCCUCAAACACUGGAGACGGGCCAUGGAGCUGCGCCACCAGGGGGGCGAGUACCUGCCCAAGCCCGAGCCCCAGCAGCUGGUCCUGGCCUAUGACUACUCGAGGGAGGUGAACACCGCCGAGGAAUUGGAAGCGCUGAUCACCGACCCGGACGAGAUGCGCAUGCAGGCCCUGCUGAUCCGCGAGCGCAUCCUCGGCCCCUCGCACCCGGACACUUCGUAUUACAUCCGCUACCGGGGCGCCGUGUACGCCGACUCGGGCAACUUCGAGCGCUGCAUCCGCUUGUGGAAGUACGCCCUGGACAUGCAGCAGAACAACCUGGAGCCCCUGAGCCCCAUGACCGCCAGCAGUUUCCUCUCCUUUGCCGAACUCUUCUCCUACGUGCUGCAGGACCGGUCGGCCAAGGGCAGCCUGGGCACGCAGAUCGGCUUUGCAGACCUCAUGGGCGUGCUCAGCAAAGGGGUCCGGGAGGUGGAGCGAGCCCUGCAGAUGCCCAAGGAGCCUGGGGACUCGGCGCAGUUCACCAAGGCUCUGGCCAUCAUCCUGCACCUGCUCUACCUGUUGGAGAAAGUGGAGUGCACCCCGAGCCAGGAGCACAUGAAGCACCAGACCGUGUACCGCCUGCUCAAGUGUGCUCCCCGCGGCAAGAAUGGCUUCACCCCUUUGCACAUGGCCGUGGACAAGGAGACCACGAACGUGGGCCGCUACCCGGUGGGCAGAUUCCCCUCGCUGCACGUGGUCAAAGUGUUGCUCGACUGCGGGGCCGACCCGGACGGCAGGGACUUUGACAACAACACUCCGCUGCACAUCGCGGCCCAGAACAACUGCCCGGCCGUCAUGGACGCGCUGAUCGAGGCGGGGGCCCACAUGGACGCCACCAACGCCUUCAAGAAAACCGCCUACGAGCUGCUGGACGAGAAGCUGCUGGCCCGGAGCACCAUGCAGCCCUUCAACUACGUGACCCUGCAGUGCCUUGCGGCCCGGGCCCUGGACAAGAACAAGAUCCCCUACAAGGGCUUCAUCCCCGAAGAGCUGGAGGCCUUCAUUGAGCUGCACUGACCUGCCCGGAGGGUUCGCACCCCGGGGAGCAGUCGGCAAGGUGUGUGGCAGACGCAGGCCGCGUCAGGAGGGCCAGGGCUCUGCCACCUCCGCCCCCUUCCCCUGCAGGCAGAAGGGGAGGGAGAUCGCACGCCGUUGGUGCUAGCAGCCUUCAGGGUCAAGUGCCAGGAGGACCGGCUUUCUCGAAGAGCCCAGCCACGCGUCCCGAACUGGGGAGCGACCCGAGACCUCCCUGUAUCCUGUCCACCUGGGUUUCGGAGGCCUCUGCCUUCUGCCCGAGACCGAGGGACUAAAGCCGUCGCCUUCCUUCCCUGCGACAGACAGACGCAGAGAGCCGGUGUGCCUGUCCCGCCCCCACGCGGCCAGAGGAGCCCAGCUGCCAAGCACAGUGUGGGGACCGGGCGCCCAGCGGCGAGAGUCGGAAAGUCAGGGAGCCAGGCCGCCCCUCGUUUCUCCCAGCACAGUCGUGCCCCGCUCCCCGUCACGCUGGCCGGGGUGCGGGCCCUCCGCCCAGGGCCGCCUGCCGCCCGCUAGCUCUCCGUGGUUUGGUGUUCUGUUUAUUUCACGAGUGGGCAGGUGACUAGCGUUGCACGGAAGUUCUGAGAUUUUACCGCCUCUUUUUUUUUUUUUUUAAGAAUUCAUUUGUCAGACUCCCGUAUAAGUUAGCUUAGAGCAGUGAGGCUUUUGUGGUGCCUGAGUUGGCUGAGGCCCCAGGGAGGGAGGGAGCGUGUGAGGGAUUUGCCGGGCGAGGGACGAGCUGUGGUCGUGGUCCCUGAAGCACAGUGGCCGUACGUGUUUACGGAACUUCACUCUUCUGCCUUUUAUAGGCCUCCCAGCUUCCGUCGUUAGAAAGAGAACCGUUCUUCCGAACAAAGAUCAGGUUAAACGCCAAAGGAGUGACAUCAAAGCCCGAUGGCAGUUGCCACGCGGCUGCACUGACACGACACGGUUGGUCUGGGUCACCGUGGUUUCCGGGUGGAAACUGCAGGCCGCUCAGCCCCGCGGACCUCACACGGUCUCUGCUUUCGUCGAGGGUUCGUCCACAAGUGGCCUGAGCCACUAUUUUGGCUGCUCCGUCGAGGACAAGAAUCCAGGUCUUCCCGAGAAAGGCCGGGUAGAGCCCUACCUCGGCGGAUCCGCUGGCUGAGACGGGGACGCCAGCGACGGCCUGCAGCG